GUCUUUACCCCGAAUAGUCUCAGUUUAUGCUGUGAUGUCAUCGCGGCUCAUUAAUCUCAAGGUGUCAUUGGAGCGAUAAUCUUGUCACGGUAUUGGUUACUGUCCAUCACUUGUUAUUUGGCCGCUCAAUCCACAGAACCCCCCGGUCAGGAAAGGGAGCAGAAUCCUACACGGAAGAAUGAUGCAUUUAUAUGAAAGUGUUCAGACUGACCAGUAACUUGCUGGAACAACAGUCUCUGUUUCAUCGACAUCUCUGACAAGUAGCUGGCAGAAUGAGGACUCUCGCACUGAUCGCCGGACUCGUGUCACUCGCGCAUUGCACCAAGAGGAAUACUCUUAUAUCAGGCGUCGACCUAUUUCCAGCAAACGGCGCGAAAGAUGUCAACCCGGAUACGCACCUUGUUCUCACGUUCCCCUCAUCACCGGUCAUUGGCUCCUCGGGCAACGUAACGGUCUACGAUCUCGAAGACGGACGCCUUGUUGACACUCUCGAUCUCUCGAUCCCUUCGUCUCCAAGCCCAUACGGCAACGGCUCAACCAAAGCAAACUACAGUGACUCCACCACCUACCAAUCGAACAUCAUUGGCGGGAUUGAUUUUUAUUUCUACCCUAUCAUUGUCAGAGAUAACGUGGCUACAAUAUAUUUGCACAACAACCGGCUGGACUACAAUCGAACAUAUUCCGUUACUAUAGGUCCUGCGGUCCUGAAAUCAUCCGACUACAGCUUCAAUGGCAUCACCCACAACUCUUCAUGGACCUUUACAACGAAAUCCCGAGGUCCCGCACCAGGAGUGAAAGAAGUAACCGUGGCCGCGGACGGUUCAGCGGACUUUAACACCGUCCAAGGCGCCAUCGACUGGGCCCCAAGCAACUCUCUAGCAAAAACAACUAUCCACAUUAAAGAAGGCAACUACGAAGAGUUGGUCUACUUCCAAUACAAGUCCAACCUCGUUAUUCGCGGACAGUCCCGCAACAAGACUAUCGUAGGCUACCCCAACAAUUCCGCGUUCAAUCCUCCAAAUCGCCAAGGCCCCUCACGACGAUCGGCUUUCUCAUUCAAAGGAGUUGCAGACUUGCAAAUAAGCGGGUUCACUAUCACUAACUAUUACCGUGGCCAAGCUGAAGCACUCCUCAUCGAUGGCAUACGCGUCAUUGUCGAUCGGAUGAACCUAAACGGCUCAGGAGACGCUCUUACUACGUACGGGACUGCUUACAUAGCCGACACAACGCUCUGGGGUGACGGUGACACGAUUCUGGGGUACGGCUCCGUUUUCUGGAAGAACAGUACCGUCAUUACGAGAGCAGGUCCUGUUUCGUGGACGAGAACGGGACAGGGCGUUCAUGGGAAUGUCAUGCUGAAUUGUACAAUCAUUGGGGGGCAGGGGAAUAGCACGUUUGCGCGCCUUCCAGACAAUAAGGGUGGCGUACAGGCGAAUUGGCCGUAUGCAGAGAUGGUGCUGCUGAAUACAAAGACUGGCGGGAUUGCGCUGGAGGGAUGGGGUCCGGUUCAGGGGCCACCGUUCGAUACGUUUCACUUGCAUCUCUGGGAGUACAAUACUAUGGGGCUUGAUGGAAAGGCGGUGGAUUAUUCGCAUAGGGUGAAUGUGUCGAGGCAGCUGACGUCGCCGCGGGAUGAUAGCGUGGUGGAGAAGUAUAGUGACCCAGCUUUUGUUCUUGGAGGGUGGACGCCGGUUGUGUCUUGAUUGGACAUCUUGUGCGAGAUUGUGAGCGUCGGCAUCCUCCAUUGAGCACUAUGCAGAAGCGCUGACUACGAAGCGAUC